GGCAUCAUGGACAUCGAAGCAUAUUUUGAAAGAAUUGGCUAUAAGAACUCUAAGAAGACCCUGGACUUGGAAACAUUAACCGACGUUCUUCAGCACCAGAUCCGAGCUGUUCCCUUUGAGAACUUUAACAUGCAUUGUGGGGAAUCCCUGGAGUUUGACUUACAGGCCGUUUUUGAUCAAAUUGUAAAAAGGAAGCGGGGUGGGUUGUGUCUCCAGACCAAUCAACUCCUGUACUGGGCUCUGACCACAAUGGGUUUUGAGACCACAAUGUUGGGAUCGUAUAUUUACAUCACUAAGACUAAACAAUACAGCAGCGACAUGGUUCACCUCACACUACAGGUGACCCUGGGUAGCAAGAAAUACCUCGUGGAUGCUGGGUUUGGAUCCUCCUACCAGAUGUGGGAGCCCCUGGAGUUAGUUUCUGGGAAGGAUCAGCCUCAGACGCCUUGCAUCUUCCGCUUGACAGAAGAGGAUGGAAUUUGGUACCUGGACCAGAUCAGGAGGGAGCAGUAUGUUCCAGAUAAAGAAUAUCUUAACUCUUAUCUCCUAGAAAAGAAUAAAUAUCGAAAAAUCUACUCCUUUACUCUCGAACCUCGAACACUGGAAGAUUUUACAAAAGUGCAGAAACCUCCAACCCCCCUGCUUCUGACCACAACCCUGUGUUCUUUGCAGACCCGUGAAGGGCUCUACUGUCUAGUGGGCCGCACCUUGUCCACCAAGAAGUUCAAGUAUAAGGACAAUGUAGAUAUGGUAGAGUUUAAGACUCUGACUGAGGAAGAAUUUGAAGACGUGCUGAAAAAUUUGUUUAAUAUUUCUCUGGAGAAAAAGCUUGUGCCCAAACAUGGUGAUGAAUGCUUUACUGUUUAA